AUGAAAAAUGACAAAAUCAUUAAAUUCAACAUUCUUGAAAAAGAUUCUAUUCAUUUUGGAUAUAAUUUAUGGUCACAUAUAAUUAAUGAGUUAUUUACAUAUAUUUUUUCUCCAAAAUAUGUAGUCAUUACAGACUCAAAUAUUGAAAGCUUAUAUAUUCCAGAUUUCAAGAAUUAUUUUAAAUCUAUAGCAAAGCAAAGGUCUAUUAAUUCAUGUCUUUUAUAUUUUACAAUUCCUAGUGGAGAAAAAUCAAAAUCAAGAAAAACAAAAGCAAUUAUAGAAGAUUGGCUUUUAUCGGAAAAAUGCACAAAAGACACUGUUAUAAUAGCAAUGGGAGGAGGUGUUGUAGGCGAUCUUGUAGGCUAUGUCUCUGCAACAUUUAUGAGAGGUGUUCGUUUUGUUCAAAUCCCUACAACUCUUUUAGCUAUGAUAGAUUCAUCCAUUGGAGGAAAAACUUCCAUAAAUAUACCUUAUGGAAAAAAUAUGAUUGGUGCUAUCUGGCAGCCUGAAAGGAUUUUUAUUGAUCUUACAUUUCUUAAAACUCUUACAGAAAGAGAAUUUAUAAAUGGAGUUGCAGAAUUAAUCAAGACCAUUAUUAUAUGGGAUGAAUCAGAAUUCAUAUUACUAGAAGAUCUCUCAAAAAAAGUUAUAAAAACAAUAAAAUCAAAAUCAGCAACAUCUAACCAAUACUCAAACUUUUAUGAAAUUAUAAAAGAUCUUGAGAGAUUUAUUCUGUCAUCAAUAAAAAUUAAAGCUUAUAUUGUUUCUAUAGAUGAAAGAGAAAAAGAUCUUAGGAACAUUUUAAACUUUGGCCAUUCUAUAGGACAUGCAAUAGAAACUGUUUUAGCAUCUCAUCUUUUGCAUGGAGAAUGUGUAUCAAUUGGAAUGAUUAAAGAGGCAGAAAUUUCUAGAUAUCUAGGCAUAUUGAAUCCUAAUGUAGUAUCGCGACUUACCGAAUGUUUAAACGUAUGGGGCUUACCAAUAUCUCUUAAGCAAAUUCAAAAAACAAUUUGCAAAGAAGAUCGUUUAGUAGAAAAUAUUCUUGAAGUCAUGGCUUUGGAUAAAAAAAAUGAUAGUAAUAAUAAAAAAAUUGUUCUCCUUUCAGCCAUAGGAAAAACAUAUGAAAAAAAGGCAUCAUCAGUAUCUGAUGAUAUUAUCAGGACAGUUCUUUCUGAGAAUAUUGUUUUAUAUAAUAUUCCAUUAAACAUACAUAAAAAACAUAUUACAAUUACUUUACCAGGAUCUAAAUCAAUAUCUAACAGAGCAUUAAUUUUAGCAGCACUUUCUAGUGGAAUUUGUCGCUUAAAAAACUUUUUGCAUUCAGAUGAUACAUACUAUAUGCUUUCUGCCUUAGAAAAACUGAAUGCAGCAGAAUUCAAAUGGGAAGAAGGAGGUAAUAUAUUAGUUAUUAAAGGCAAAUCCGGAUAUCUUGAAAAUCCAAAAAUGGAAUUAUAUCUUGGAAAUUCAGGUACAGCAUCUCGCUUCUUAACUACAAUCUGCACAUUAGUUCCGCCAAAUUCAUGUAAAGAUAAUAUAAUAUUAACAGGAGACAAUCGUAUGAAACAAAGACCCAUUGAUUCUUUAGUAAAUGCUCUUAAUAAUAAUGGAUGUAAUAUAGAAUAUCUUGAAUCAAAUAACUUUUUACCAUUAUUAAUCAAGCCAAAAAAUCCUGGAUUUUAUGGAGGACGUAUUAAUCUUUCAGCUACAAUCUCAUCUCAAUAUGUAUCAUCGAUUUUAAUGUGUUCUCCAUAUGCAGAAACACAAGUAACUCUUUCAUUAAUUGGAGGAAAACCAAUAUCACAACCAUAUAUAGACAUGACUAUUUCCAUGAUGUCAUUAUUCGGUAUUAAUGUUAUCAAAUCUCAUUUGGAAGAAAAUACGUAUUAUAUUCCAAAAGGAUGUUAUACUUGCCCCCCUGAAUAUAUAAUUGAAGGGGAUGCAAGCUCAGCUACAUAUCCUUUAGCAAUAGCUGCAAUAACAGGAGAAAGCUGUACAAUAUCCAAUAUUGGUAGCAUUUCACUACAAGGUGAUUCUAAGUUUGCAAAAGAUGUAUUAAAGCCCAUGGGUUGCGAAGUUAUUCAAUCAGAUACAACUACAUAUAUAAAAGGUCCAGAACAAGGAAAGCUUAAAUCACUAGAAUCUAUAAAUAUGGAAUUAAUGACAGAUGCUUUUUUAACAACAACAAUUUUAGCCUCUGUUGCAUAUAAAGAAUCAAAACCAUGUAUUACAAAAAUUACAGGAAUUUCUAACCAAAGGCUUAAAGAAUGUAACAGAAUUAAAGCCAUGGUCAUUGAACUUGCAAAAUUUGGAAUAGAAGCAGGUGAACUUCCAGAUGGAAUAUAUGUAAAAUCUUUAGAUAUUUCCAACCUCUUGUCACCAAAAAAUGGCAUCAAUUGCUACAAUGAUCAUAGAAUUGCAAUGAGUUUUAGUGUCUUGGCAUGCAUUUCACCAAAACCUACUAUUAUUUUAGGUAAAACUUGUGUUAAUAAAACUUGGCCUUAUUGGUGGGAUAUUUUAAAUUCAGCUUUUAAAGUUCAAAUAAGAGGAGCUGAAUCCACUUUAAAUUCUAUUUUUAAUCCGUAUAUAUUACAUCAUCCAUCAAAAUGUACUAUUAUUUUUAUUGGAAUGAAAGGUGCUGGAAAAACAACAUUAGGACAAUUUGCAGCUAACCUUCUUGAAAGAGAGUUCAUUGAUUUGGAUUUAGCUAUUGAAAAAGAUGUUAAAAUGACAAUUCUAGAAUUAGUUCAAAAACAUGGAUGGGAUACUUUUAGAAAAAAAGAAUUAUAUUUUCUUAAAAAUCUUUUAGCAGAAAAAAAAGAAAAUUACAUUAUAUCAUGUGGAGGAGGGAUCAUUGAGAGUGAAGAAGCUAGAGAUAUACUAUUAUCUUAUAUAAAAAAUAAAGGAAUUGUUAUACAUAUUCAUCGCAAUAUCAAAGAUAUCAUCGAAUAUUUAAAUACUGAUAAAACACGUCCUACAUCUACUGGUAAUAUAAUUGAUAUAUGGGAAAAGCGAAAACAAUGGUAUAAUUUGUGUAGUUCUCAUCAGUUUUAUAUACCUUCAACAGAUUCUAUAAAAGUUAGAGAAAAAGAUACAUUAUUAGAUAUUAAACCAUCUUUUCAUAAAUUUUUAAAAAUAAUUACAGGAGAAUAUGACCCAUUUCCUCAAAUUUUAAAGAAAGAAAGAAGCUAUUUUAUAUCUUUAGCAUUGUCAGAUAUUCAAAACCUUUACCAUUUACUAGAUGAUAUAACAAUUGGUUGUGAUGCAAUUGAAUUAAGAAUCGAUCUGUUUCAAAAACAGAAAGGAAUAAAUAAAUAUCCUAGUUUGAAAUAUAUAGCAGAACAAAUAUCGUUACUACGUCAGAAAACGAAUUUUCCUUUAAUUUAUACAUUACGUACAACAGAUCACGGAGGUUCCUUUGUUUUUGAAGAAAAAAUAGCAAAAAAAAUCAUUCUACAUGGUGCAAAAUUGGGUGUUGAAUUUAUCGAUAUACAAUUAAACAUGCCAACUAAAUUAUUUAAAAUUAUACAAGACUCUUGGCCAUAUACUAAAAUAAUUGCUUCUUUUCACAGUAUAGAGAAACCAAUAUCUUGCGAUGAUUUUGAAUGGAUACAAAAAUACAAAGAAGCACAACAACAUGGUCAUAUUGUAAAAUUAGUGGGGAUGUCAACGUCUUUUGAAGAUAAUUUUUUGUUAAAGGAAUUUAAAAAAAAAAUUGCUUAUGAAAAAAUACCUUCAAUAAUAAUAAAUACAGGUAUUAAUGGCCAACUAUCCAGAAUUAUAAAUGUAUUUAUGACACCAGUUACUCAUUCAUUAUUAUCAUCAAAAACUGCACUUGGACAGUUAUCAAUUAAAGAUAUUAAUAUUGCCCUUCACAUAAUGGGGCUUUUACCAAAAAAAGAGUACUUUCUUUUUGGAAGUCCGAUCAAACAUUCUCAAUCACCUAAUAUUCAUAAUCUAGGUUUCGAAAUUUUAGGUUUUCCGCAUAAAUAUCAAUUAUUUGAAACAAAUUCCAUUAAUGAACUUAAAAACAUAUUAUAUUCUGAUAAUUUUGGUGGUGCUUCUGUUACUGCACCAUUAAAAACAAGCAUACCAGUUUUAUUAGAUGAAUUGUCAGAUGAAGCAGUAUUAAUUGGUGCAGUUAAUACUAUAACAAAAAUACAUAAAAAUGGCAAACAUAUUCUCAAAGGAGAAAAUACAGAUUGGCAAGGAAUAGUAAAAGUAAUAACAAAUUCUAUAAAAUUUGAAAAAUCUUUAAAAGGUUUUUCAGGUUUUAUAAUUGGUGCAGGAGGAGCAAGCAGAGCAGCUAUAUAUGCUUUACUUUCUAUUAAAAUAUCACCAAUUUAUAUCAUAAAUCGCUCCAAAACUAAACUGGACAAAAUAUGUUCCUUUUUUAAUACUAAACAUAUAAUUCCAAUUACUGAAUGUUUUAAACUAGAUAAUAUAGACUUUAAUAUUCGAAUAGGAAUUUCAACAAUACCAGCAGAUAAUCCGGUAGAUUCUUCUAUUUUAGAAAUGGCUAAAAUUCUUUUUAAUUCAAAAACAAAAUCAUCAGAAAGUGUAUUUUUAGAUAUGUCAUAUAAACCACAUAUAACAGAACUUACGACUAUUGCAAAAACAUAUAACUGGAAAACUAUACACGGGUUAGAAAUUUUACUGGAACAGGGUUCUGAGCAAUUCUUAUUAUGGACAAAAACAUGUAUUCCUUACAACCAAGUAAAGCGUGCUAUAGUGACCCUAAACGAACAUACAACUAUUACUUAA